AUGGGCAUCUUCGGGCCGCGGCCUUUGGGGUUGGCCCGGAGCCUGUGAGCGCCGCGGGGGGGGGGCAGGCGGCGGAGUCUCACCCGCGACCCCGACUCCUGGCAGGCCAGCCCCGCCAAGAAGGCCCGGGUCGGGCAGGACGAGCCGGCCACGCUGCCCUCCUCGCCGCUCAGCGCCGAGCAGCUCGUCCGCAUCCAGAGGAACAAGGCCGCGGCCCUGCUCAGGCUCGCCGCCCGCAACGUGCCCGCCGACUUCGGCGAGAGCUGGAAGCAGCAGCUGUGCGGAGAGUUCGGGAAGCCUUACUUCAUUAAGCUCAUGGGAUUUGUUGCUGAAGAAAGAAAACAUCACAAGGUCUAUCCACCCCCGGAGCAGGUGUUCACGUGGACCCAGAUGUGUGACAUCCAAGAUGUGAAAGUUGUCAUUCUGGGACAGGAUCCCUAUCACGGACCUAAUCAAGCUCAUGGGCUCUGCUUCAGUAUCCAAAGACCAGUUCCACCCCCGCCCAGUUUGGAAAACACUUUUAAAGAGCUGUCCACAGACAUCGAUGGUUUUGUUCAUCCUGGCCACGGGGAUGUAUCGGGGUGGGCCAGACAAGGUGUCCUGCUCCUCAACGCUGUCCUCACCGUCCGCGCCCACCAAGCCAGUUCCCAUAAGGAGCGGGGUUGGGAGCAGUUCACAGAUGCAGUUGUGUCGUGGCUAAAUCAGAACCUGACAGGCCUCGUCUUCCUGCUCUGGGGCUCUUACGCCCAGAAGGGCAAAGCCAUUGAUAGGAAGCAUCACCACGUCCUGCAAACAGCCCAUCCCUCCCCGUUGUCGGUGUACAGGGGGUUCUUUGGAUGCAGACAUUUUUCUAAAGCCAAUGAACUGCUCCAGAAGUCUGGCAAGAGGCCCAUCAACUGGAAGGAGCUGUGACCUUGCAGUGCAGGCCGCUUGUCUCCAGCAGUGCUUCUGAGAGGCCGCUGAAGCAUUGACCAUAGAUGUCACUGAAAAAGUCCUGUUCUUAAGUUCCCGUGUGAGUGAAGAAAAUGGAGAGAUCUUUGUAAAGCGGUCACGAGCCAGCCGGGCCGCAGAAACCACAGCUUCGGCAGCCAGACCUCUUUUGACUGGCGCUAGACUUGAACUCUCCGGGCCAGGCAAGGUGGCCUGGCCGAACAAGCCCACUUCUCACAGACCGGUGGUCACAUACUUGUCCUCUGUGAGCUGUAUUGGGUUGGGGGAGAGAUGGUUUUGGAGCUAAGUUUGGCGUCUGCCGCUGUUUACUUUUGCCUUUAGACGUAGUGGUCACAAGGUGUCCAGGUGUGUUCUUUAAAGGGCCUCUGUCUCAAGGAGCCCUUGGGUGUCUUGCGAUCUUUGAGAAUCUGUUUCCUGUUAGAAAGGGAGCGAGCGUGUUUUCCUGGCUCAGGAGGAGCGGCUGCCAUCCAUCCUGCUGCUCGUCCAGGCCUUUGCCUUAAGCAAGUGGUAAGGUUGAGCAGAGCAGAGCAGAGGGUUUGUGUUUGUUUUAAACGAGGGUGGGAGGUUUUCUUGUAGUACCUGUGGAGUCAGGGUUCCCACAGCAGACUGCCAGGUGUUGGUUUGUGUGUGACACUGGGGACCAACCCCAGGGUGCUGCUUUUUUUUUUUUUUAAAUGGGCUGAAUUCACACAGAUUGUAUUUCUCUGCAACGCUGGAGAAUGUUGUGUCUUUUACAGGGUAGGCAGAUAGAUUAUUUUUUUGGUCCUUUCUUUGAGAGACAAUCUACUGAGUUCAUACCUCAACCUGGAUCCAGUGGAUCCUACUGUUUAGAGAAGUGAUCUGCCUGAGCAGGAUAAUACAGAUCGUUGGAGUUUGGA